CAGAAUCGACACCUAUCUUUGUAGAUUUAUAGUUAAUCUGUGUCUAUUUUACGGGCGAAAAUGAAAUGAACGAUUUUAUUUAUUUUUACUUAAAGUAAACUUAUAAAAUGCAAACGGAGAAUUUGUGCCGCUGUUGCCUUUCAGAAGGCGUUCUUAAAGAUUUAAAUAGUCCCUACAAAUGGUUUGAUAAAGAAGAAAUCUAUUCCAACAUGCUAAAUGACUGUUUCAGGAUCAUAUUGCACAGUUCCAAGUCAGCAAAAAUAUGCAUCACAUGCAUACAGGAUUUGAGAGUUUCAUUCCGUUUCAAAGAACAGGUCCUGAAAGCUGAAGAAGAAUUUCUAAAGAGAAUCAACGGGGAGCAAGAUGAAAAACCACCUAAAAUAAAAUUGGAAGCACAGACAAAUAUUCAUGAUGAAUCCGAUGAUUAUUUUACUGGAGAUGCAGUUGAAGAUGUACCUAUAAAUAAUAUCAAAGAAGAAUUGGAGUGUAAAAUAGUCAAGAAGUUAGAACAGAAGAGAGCUAAAAAUCAUAACAAACAGGUCCCUAGUACAGCUGGGAAAUGGCGGGAUGAGAAAUUAAAGUCUGUGGUAACAUCACUCGAUGGCAUCAUCGAAGAUGUACCCAUGGACAAUAUCAAAGAAGAAGUAGAAUGUAAAAUAGUCAAGAAAUUGGAACAGAAGAAAACAAAGAAUAAUAUCAAACCGGUUACUAGUGCUGCUGGGAAAUGGGGGGAUGAGAAACUCAAGUCUGUGGUUAAACGACUCUCUAGCAUCAGUAGAGAGGGUUCAUCAGGAGUAAGGAUUGUGACCCGACAGUACUUGUUUGACCGCAUGAAGAAGGAAAAUUUGCCUAAUUUGGAUGCCAAACUAAAUCAUCUAAAAGAUCAACUUUUGUCAAGUGAAGGUUACAAUGAAGACCAAAUUUUUAAUUUAAAACGUAGUUUUGCCCAUUUCAAAUCAGAAAUCAAACAAAGGUGGACGAAAGCUCAUUAUAAAGAAGAUAAUUUUAUAAAAUAUAACCAGUCUUGGCUGGAGGGUACUUUUGAAAUACCUGUAGCUAAGACUUUACAAAAACGGCCAGGUCGACCAUCGAAGUCGUUCGAAGACGCAAGUGAGAGGAGCAAAAGGCGAAAGACUGAAGAACUUCGUUCUAAUUUUGACAAGGAUAUCAUAAUACAUGCUGCGCAACAAGAACUCGGAAAAUCUGGUAAAAAAGAUGCAUCAAAUGUCCUAAAAGAUAUCACCAGUACUCCGACAAGAGCAACCAAAUAUAAAAAAGCAUUUUAUCUUUCGAAAUCCAGUAAAGAGCAACCCUCCUUGACACCAAUGCAAGCUUUGCAAAUGUUUGUAGAUGCCGACUUGACACAAGGACAGUACGAAAUUAUAAGAAAGACUAAUAAGAAGUUUUUUCCGUGCUAUAGCGCCUUGCAAAAAGCCAAGAAGAAAUGUUACCCACCUCAAGAAUCUUUUACAAUAACGAGUACCAGUGCGGAAGCUCAGUUACAGCCUCUAAUAGAUGUUACCGUAAGGCGCUUAUCGGAGUACCUUGAAGAGGUAUUAAUAAACUUAAAGGAGAAAGAGCGUGAAUGCUUAACUAUUAUUAGUAAAUGGGGCUGCGAUGGGUCCCAACAAUCACAGUUUAAGCAAAAACUAGAAAGUGAUACUGAUACUGACUCAAACAUAUUUCAAAGCUGCUUCGUGCCUAUUCAAUUAGUUUGUGGAAAUAAUAAUGAAAAAAUCCUAUGGAAUAAUCCAACACCCUCUUCGCCGCGAUUUUGUCGACCAAUAAGAUUCCGGUUCAUCAAGGAAACUAGUGAUGUCACCGAAGAGGAAAUAAGACACGUAAAAAACGCUAUCAGCUCUUUAGUCCCAACAGAGGUGGACAUAUCAGGGAAAAAGUUUUUUAUUAAGCACACUUUUAUAAUGACCAUGGUAGACGGAAAAGUGUGCAAUGCAGCUACAGGCACAAAGUCUACUAGUAGAUGCUACAUAUGUGGAGCGACCUCGAAAGAUUUUAAUAAAUUGGACUUUACAAGAGAGGUGAAUUUUGCAGCCCUUGAAUUCGGCAUAUCAGUGUUACACGCAAGAAUUCGAAUUUUUGAAAGUAUCCUUCAUUUAGCGUACAAACUUAAAGUGAAAAAAUAUAGAGAAAGAAAAUCAAAAGAGGAGAAAGAUCUAGAAGAACAAACCAAAAGAGAAAUACAAGCAAGGUUUCGCUCUGAAACAGGUCUGAUAAUAGAUAUGCCUAAAUCAAAUUUUGGAAAUACAAAUGAUGGCAAUACUAGCAGAAGGUUCUUUGAGAACCCGAAAUUAGCCUCAGAAAUAACUGGUAUCAGUUAUGAAUUAAUUUAUAGACUGAAAGUCAUAUUGGAAGCAAUUUCAAGCAGGUUCCAAAUUGACCAUAUUAAAUAUGAAAAAUAUGCUUCAGAAACUGCUUGUCUUUAUGUGAAUUUAUAUGAUUGGCAUCCCAUGACUCCAACAAUGCACAAGAUUUUAGUCCAUGGCGCAGUCAUCAUCGAAAAGGCAUUGUUACCAAUCGGACAGCUUUCCGAGGAAGCAGCUGAGGCUCGCAAUAAACAUUUCAGAUGUUACCGCCAAGAUUUUGCGAGGAAAUUUUCGAGAGAAAGCUGUAAUCAGGAUAUUUUUAACCGCCUUCUGCUAAGUUCAGAUCCUAUGCUAAGUAGCAUGCGAACUAUAAAAAAAAGGAAAGCAAGCACAUUUUUGCCUGAAACCUUAGCCAUGUUUGUAUCUGCGAAUGCAAAUACAUCAGAUAAUUCAUCAGAGAGCGACGAAGAAAAUCAAGAAACUUAACAUUAAUUUUCUGUUUUUUUAAGUACCGAUAAAAAAGUAAUUUUGUAAUGGUUUUUUGUAUAAAAAAUAUAUUGUUUUUUGUGAAAAAAUGUUUUUUUUAUUAUUUACAUUCUUUAGAUAGCAAUUAAGCAAAAAAAUAAUUUUGGCCGCGUAGAUCGGGCAAAUACCUGUAUGUGCGUCCGU